GUGGCUGUUGGCGCCCGUACCCCUCCCCCGGCUCCGGGUGUCUCCGUGACGAGGCAGCGCGGAGCCGCCGCGGGCCGGGCCCAUCCCGCCGCAGCAGCCCCAGGGCCGAGCAGGAGGGAGGCGCGGAGGGAGAGGCGCCAAGCGGAGGCCGGAGCUCGGCCAGAAUGGUGUUGGAAGGAAACCCUGAAGUGGGCUCCCCCCGAACCUCAGACCUCCAGCACCCAGAGAACCAGGGCUCUUGUGUCCUCUCUUCUCCCAGUGAAGAUGCACAGCCAGGGGAGGAGCCCAUCAAGUAUGGUGAACUCAUCGUUCUGGGAUGCUGUGAGGAAGGAGGUGAGGAAACCGAGGCUCAGAGAGGGGAAGUGACUGGCCCAAGGGCACACAGCUGCUACAAUGGGUGUCUGGCAAGUGGGGACAAGGGCCGCCGCCGAAGCCGCCUGGCACUGAACCGCCGGCCACACGCCAAUGGAGUGAAGCCGGACGUCAUGCACCACAUCUCCACACCGCUUGUGUCCAAGGCACUGAGCAACCGUGGCCAGCACAGCAUCUCAUACACACUGUCCCGGAGCCACUCGGUCAUAGUCGAGUACACACAUGACAGUGACACAGACAUGUUCCAGAUUGGCCGCUCCACGGAGAACAUGAUCGACUUUGUGGUAACAGACACGUCCCCUGGAGGAGGGGCUGCCGAGGGCCCCUCUGCCCAGAGCACCAUCUCCCGCUAUGCCUGUCGCAUCCUCUGUGACCGCCGGCCGCCCUAUACCGCCCGCAUCUAUGCCGCUGGCUUCGAUGCCUCCAGCAACAUCUUCCUUGGAGAGCGGGCAGCCAAAUGGCGGACCCCUGACGGCCUGAUGGACGGCUUAACCACCAACGGGGUCCUGGUGAUGCACCCAGCAGGCGGCUUCUCUGAGGACUCGGCCCCGGGUGUCUGGCGGGAGAUCUCGGUCUGUGGGAAUGUAUAUACUCUGAGGGACAGCCGCUCGGCACAGCAGCGGGGGAAGCUGGUGGAAAACGAGUCCAACGUGCUGCAGGACGGCUCCCUCAUUGACCUGUGUGGAGCUACGCUGCUGUGGCGCACGCCGGCGGGGCUGCUGCGGGCGCCCACGCUGAAGCAGCUGGAGGCCCAGAGGCAGGAGGCGAAUGCAGCACGGCCCCAGUGUCCCGUGGGCCUCAGCACCCUCGCCUUCCCCAGCCCGGCCCGUGGCCGCACGGCACCUGACAAGCAGCAGCCCUGGGUCUACGUCCGCUGUGGCCACGUCCACGGCUACCACGGCUGGGGCUGCCGACGCGAGCGGGGCCCCCAGGAGCGCGAGUGUCCUCUCUGCCGCCUCGUGGGGCCCUACGUGCCCCUGUGGCUCGGCCAGGAGGCCGGCCUCUGCCUGGACCCCGGGCCGCCCAGCCACGCCUUCGCACCUUGUGGCCACGUCUGCUCUGAGAAGACUGCCCGCUACUGGGCUCAGACGCCACUGCCCCAUGGCACCCACGCUUUCCACGCUGCUUGUCCCUUUUGCGGGGCCUGGCUCACCGGCGAGCAUGGCUGUGUCCGCCUCAUUUUCCAGGGGCCGCUGGACUAGGCUCCCUGGGGGCCCCCUGCUGCCGCGCCCACCUGCCCACCCAGGUCCCCCACCUCCUGCAGCCCAGAGGGAGCUCUGCAUGUGGGACUCUACCUGCUGGCACAUCGCCACACCAGAUGGACGGGUUGGAUGGAUGGUGCCCUUCCCCUCUUAACUCUGGCUCCAAAGGGGGGUCUCUGGGACCCCUACCUUGGUCAGAAUGAUGGGGCCCUCAGCACCAGCUCUGUCCCGGGCUGAUGGAGGGAGGCUCACCCCUACGCCCUGGCCCUUCCUGGGGCAUCCCACAUCAUGCCACCUACACUGUGCCCCUGGGGGAAUGAAGGGGCCAUGGGCCCCUGACCCCCAGCUUAGGCUGGCUGUGCCCUGAGCCUGCCGACCCAGUUCCAGAUAAUCACCCUGCUGCUGCCCUGGGUUCCUCUAUAAACCUUGCUGCUCAGCUGCCCUCACAAA